UACAUUGAUGACGAUCAUCCGACCGAAUUACCCCUCCGCCUAGACACCGUUGCGUUGACGUUUAACAGCACGGAACGUUACAGUACAUCUGGAACCAAGGCCUGGUUGGAGUGGAAUUCACUUGAUCAUUUUCCACGAGGCCACGGAUUUGUGCGCCUGGGACCAAAUGGGCGAGCGUUUGGUGUCUCGAUGUUUCACCAGAUACAUUGUCUGCAAAUGAUCCGGCUCGCCCUCAUUAACGGACCCGAUGACCAUAGUGGUCAUUGCCUCAACUUCUUGCGGCAGGCCAUUCUUUGCAAUGCUGAUACUACCCUCGACCCACUCUUCGUCGACCCCGAUGGAAUGAUGACAGGCACAGACGGCUUGGGUGUGACGCAUGUAUGCCGCGAUUGGACACAGGUUUAUGCGUAUAUUGUGGAUAACCAGAAGGGCCAUUUGUGGGCAGAGCAAAACAAUUAAGACAAAGACGUGAUGCGGAGAUUGCAGGUGCUGAGUCGAGCGUGACGAUCUGACCUAGUACUGAGAUUCAAUUGGUGCUUGUAGGUACGAGACGUGCGUGUUGGGAUGUCACU